AUGUCUCAAUACAAGGUCGCAGACAUCAACCUCGCCGCUUAUGGCCGCAAGGAAAUCGAAAUCUCAGAGGUCGAGAUGCCCGGUCUCAUGAUGACUCGUGAAAAGUACGGCAAGACACAGCCACUGAAGGGUGCUCGCAUUGCUGGAUGUCUUCACAUGACUGUCCAGACUGCUGUUCUCAUUGAGACACUCACCUACCUCGGUGCUGAAGUUACCUGGUCUUCGUGCAACAUCUUCUCCACUCAGGACCACGCUGCUGCCGCUAUCGCUGCUGCUGGCGUUCCCGUCUUUGCCUGGAAGGGUGAGUCUGAGGAGGAAUACCUCUGGUGCAUUCACCAACAGCUCAAGUCCUUCAAGGACGGCAAGUCUCUCAACAUGAUCCUCGAUGACGGUGGUGACUUGACUGCUCUUGUCCACGAGCAGUACCCAGAGAUGCUCAAGGACUGCCGCGGUGUGUCUGAAGAGACCACCACCGGUGUCCACCACCUCUACAAGAUGAUGCGUGAGGGUAAACUCAAGGUGCCUGCCAUCAACGUCAACGACUCUGUCACCAAGUCCAAGUUUGACAACUUGUUUGGCUGCAAGGAGUCUCUCAUUGACGGUAUCAAGCGUGCCACCGAUGUCAUGAUUGGCGGUAAGGUUGCUGUUGUUGCCGGUUACGGAGAUGUCGGCAAGGGUUGUGCGCGUGCUUUGGCUUCCAUGGGCGCUCGUGUUAUUAUCACUGAAAUCGACCCCAUCAACGCCCUCCAGGCUGCUGUUGAGGGAUUCCAGGUGACUGACAUGGACACUGCUGCUCCUCAGGCUCAGAUCUUUGUGACGACCACCGGAUGUCGUGACAUUAUCACACAGAAGGAGUUUGAGGUGAUGCGUGACGAUGCCAUUGUGUGCAACAUUGGCCACUUUGACAUUGAGAUUGACGUUGCAUGGCUCAAGAAGAACGCCAAGUCGGUUGUGAACAUCAAGCCUCAGGUCGACCGUUUCCUCAUGCCCAACGGCAACCACAUCAUUCUCUUGGCUGAGGGUCGUCUCGUCAACUUGGGUUGUGCUACUGGCCACCCUUCGUUCGUCAUGUCCAUGUCCUUCACCAACCAGGUCCUUGCCCAGAUUGCUCUUUGGAACGCCAAGGAGGGCGAGUACCCUCUCGGUGUGCACGUCCUGCCCAAGAUUCUCGACGAGGAAGUCGCCAGGCUCCACUUGGCCAAGCUCGGCGUGAAGCUCCAGAAGAUGACUGGUGUCCAGGCAGAGUACACUGGUCUCCCUGAGGCUGGUCCCUACAAGAGCGACCACUACCGUUACUAG